CGCCUCAAGGCAUUUUCAAAAUUGAAUUUUUUUAAUUAUUAAUUUCAUUUUAUUGUAUUGACUAUAAAUACAUAUUCACUUCAGUCGACUUCCUAACCUCCGAUUCGUGGAUUGGCUCUCCUCUCUGCUCCCUCCUGAUAUGGAUUCUUAGUUGUAUAAAACCUUUACUUCUCUCUCUAAAUUAACCAACCUUCUCACUGUCUCUUUCUCCCUCUAGGGUUUUAAAGAGGAUUUCAAAUGACGACAACAGAGACCACGUAAUGGUCGGGUGUUGUGUUCUGAAGCUUUAUAAACUUUUUAUGGUCUAUUGAUCGUGUGCUUCUCAAUUUCCUUGCUACAUAGAAGAAUCAGCUUAUAUCUGUUACUUUGCAGGUAACAAGUUACAUUUGCAAAUACUGCUAGAAGAAACACUUAAAUGUUUUCAUGUUGGUAAAUGUUGUGCGGUGGACGUUGAAUGAUUGUUACCAUGGACUUAAAUGUUUCACCUGUACCUGAAGAUGAUGAAGAGAAUUUUGAAAAGCACGUAGAACCAGACCGUUUUGAAUCUGGCGCUGAAACUGCACGCCGGGAGCGUGAAGAAAGACGCAAGCGUUUGAGGAAUGAACGUUCAGAUGACAGACCUGUGCAUGUGUCUCAGCAGUCAAUACAUGAUCAGUACUAUUCAAUCAAACAAUAUAAAACUUACGAUAAAACUAAGCUCCCUCCUGGCUGGUUAGAUUGCCCUUCAGUUGGUCAGGAAAUCUUUGGUAUUAUUCCCUCUAAGGUUCCACUUGGUGAAGCCUAUAAUGACUGUGUUCCUCCUGGAAAAAGAUACUCUUUUAAACAAGUGUUUCAUCAACAAAGAGUAUUAGGAAGAAGACUUGGUUUGGUGAUUGAUUUGACAAAUACUACCCGUUACUAUUCACCAAAAGAUUUGGAAAAAGAGGGUAUUAAGUAUGUUAAGAUUCAAUGUAAGGGGCGUGAUUCUGUACCUGACAAUGCAUCUGUAAAUAACUUUGUUUAUGAGGUUACACAGUUUAUCACUCGUCAAAAAUCUAAGAAGCAUAUUCUCGUUCAUUGUACGCAUGGGCAUAAUCGCACAGGUUAUAUGGUUGUCCAUUACAUAAUGCGCUCACUGCCAAUGUCUGUUACACAGGCAAUAAAAUUAUUUGCUGAUGCACGCCCUCCAGGAAUCUAUAAACCAGACUAUAUUAAGGCCUUGUAUGAAUUUUAUCAUGAAACAAAGCCAGACAUGGUUGUUUGCCCACCAACUCCAGAGUGGAAGAGAUCUUCUGAUCUAGAUCUUAAUGGUGAAGCAUUGCCAGAUGAUGAUGAUGAUGGAGGUUCUGCUGCUUCUUUGCAUGAAAAUCAUGAGACGGAUGCUAUAAUGACAAAUGAUGAUAUUCUUGGAGAUGAAAUACCUAUUGAUCAGCUGAAAGCUUUGCGACUAUUUUGCUACCAAACACUAAAUAUUCCUGUAAGAGGAAACCCACAAUUCCCAGGGUCACAUCCAGUAUCUCUCAACAGGGAAAAUCUGCAGCUGUUAAGGCAGCGAUAUUAUUAUGCAACAUGGAAAGCUGAUGGAACAAGAUACAUGAUGCUAAUUAUGAUAGAUGGCUGUUAUUUGAUUGAUAGGAGUUUUAAUUUCAGAAGGGUCCAGAUGAGGUUUCCUUGUAGAGGCACAAAUGAAGGUUUAGCUGAUAAGACACACCACUAUACCUUACUUGAUGGGGAGAUGAUUAUUGAUACUCUGCCAGACUCCCAGAAACAGGAGAGAAGAUACCUUAUCUAUGAUGUGAUGGCAAUUAACCAAAUGUCCGUUAUAGAGAGGCCUUUUUAUGAACGAUGGAAGAUGCUUGAAAAAGAAGUGAUUGAGCCUCGGAAUUAUGAACGGCACCAUAUUUAUCAGAGCAGGAAUCCUUAUUAUAGAUAUGAUUUGGAGCCCUUCAGGGUUAGAAGAAAGGAUUUUUGGUUGCUUUCUACUGUUACCAAGCUUUUAAAGGAAUUUAUUCCAAAGCUUUCACAUGAUGCUGAUGGUCUCAUUUUCCAGGGUUGGGAUGAUCCCUAUGUUCCUCGCACUCAUGAAGGGCUUCUGAAGUGGAAGUAUCCAGAAAUGAAUUCAGUUGACUUUCUAUUUGAGGUGGAUGCUGAUGAUCGCCAGUUACUUUAUCUUCAUGAACGAGGGAAAAAGAAGCUGAUGGAAGGGAAUACAGUUGUAUUCAGAGAUGGUUCAGAUCCCUCUUCAUAUUCAGGGAAAAUCAUUGAGUGUUCUUGGGAUUCAGAUGAACAGGUAUGGGUUUGUAUGCGGGUCCGGACAGAUAAAUCUUCGCCAAAUGAUUUUAAUACCUACAGAAAGGUGAUGCGAAGCAUCAAGGACAAUAUAACGGAGGACAUCUUGUUGAAUGAGAUUUAUGAGAUUAUUCGCCUGCCCAUGUAUGCUGAUAGGAUUAGAAAUGAUAGUAAAGCUCACCAGCACACAGCUUCAGCACGACGCAGGUGAUUGGCAGUGGUGUAUGGUCACUAUGGUUUUUUUGGCAAGGCCACUAUGGUUAAAGUCUUUUAAAUGGUUUAGGUAGAGGAACCCAGUGAUAUGUACUUCUGAUGCUCCUGCAUAGUGAUGCUCGGUGGUUCAGUUGUGUGAGGAUAUCAUCUAGAGGGUCAAUGAGAUGUUAUGUAAUUAGCUAAAACCUUGUGCUGGUGAGUUCUAUGAUCCAGAUGGUACACUCAGGGAUAGUUUUCUACAUCAGACCCAAAAUUAUGUCUGAAUGAUAGUUGUCCAGAUCAAAGAGAAUUAGGAAUAGGAUCACCAUGUAUAUUAUUAUUAUUUCCUCCCUUUUUAUGUAGUGAUUGAUAAGUUCUUAUAAAAAGUUAGCCAUUUUUUAGAA